GGUAGAAGUAUAGAUUACCUAAGGUUGCGAGGAUUCAGCUCAGUCCUCCAACAAACAUCAAAGAGGACUUGUUGAUCUCCCCGAGCUGAUAAAAAAGUGACUGAUCUCGCCACAAUUCACACACCAACUCGACUAAUCGUCAAUCAUACGAGUUAGGAGCUUGGUCCUGGCGCAGGUGAAUAAUAGCGCUGAGCAGCAAUACUCCUACGUUAUAAAAAAAAAAAGAGAAAACAGAAUAAUGAAGAUGCAAGCAAGUAUUACAGUGGCUCUGAUAGUUUUCAUGAGCACGAUGCACUUUGGCGUAGAUGCAUGGGGUGGACUUUUUAAUCGUUUCAGUCCCGAGAUGUUAUCCAAUCUCGGUUAUGGUGGGCAUGGUGGUUACUUGAGCAGAUCGAGACUGUUACAGGGACCACUUGCGGGAAGUUACGGAAAUUCUUAUGGGGAUUCGCUGGAAGAAGAAUCGGACGAUCCGUGCUACGAGAAGAAAUGUACAGCCAAUGAACAUUGUUGUCCUGGUUCGGUUUGCGUCAACGUUGAUGGAGUGGUCGGAACUUGCCUAUUCGCUUACGGACUAAAACAGGGUGAACUUUGCAGAAGAGAUAACGAUUGCGAAACAGGUUUGAUGUGUGCCGAUAUAGCAGGAGGUGAAACUCGAUCCUGUCAACCACCGGUUACUUCAAACAAACAAUACAACGAGGAAUGCAACAUGUCUGGUGAAUGUGACAUUGGUCGUGGCUUGUGUUGUCAAUUGCAGAGGCGACAUCGACAAACGCCUAGAAAGGUUUGCUCUUACUUCAAAGAUCCUCUGGUAUGCAUUGGCCCUGUUGCUACGGACCAAAUAAAAUCUAUCAUACAAUAUACUUCCGGUGAGAAACGGAUCACUGGACAAGGGAAUCGUCUUUUUAAACGAGUACCCUUCGCCUAAAUUAUCUCUUCCCUUUCUUUGGCUGUCGAGGAGGAGAGGUAAGAAGUAGAAGAUAAAAAGAGGAGAUGAUGGGAAGAAUUUGAAUCGUCAAAAACCUCCUCCAGCAAAGCACGUAGAUUUUAAGCGAUGUCGAUUUAACGCAAUUACGACGAUCCCGUUCGUAUUCCAUGAACUCCGCUUCGAAUUGAUAAGUAUAUCUCAACGGUAUAACUCGCGGAAUAGUAAUAAAAGACAAAAGAAAAAAAAAAAAGAAAAAAGAAGAAACGUAAAAAAGAUGAAAGGAAAGAAAGUUUCGAGAUCGUCGAGAUAUAUUUAAGUCACUUUGAAAAUUCUGGGUGACGAUACGAGACGCCUUUCUGUGUUUUUUCCUAAUCUUAUGACUGAUAAUAUAUACAUAUCACACUGGACCGAUAUCUUAUAUCGUUAAAGAUAAAGCAAGUACGAUGAUCUUUUUCGCUAAGAGAAAGAAACGAAAAAAAAAAAGAAAGAAAAUCGUUCCUUCGUUCUGCUUGUCGAACGGAUGCUUGCAGAAUGUUUUUACCGAGAACACGAGACGCUUCUAAAUCUUUCUUUUCGAUCUUUCCUUCCAAUUUCUUUCAUCUUCUCGAUCGUUGAAACAAACGCCAUGAACAGACAAAUUCCGAGUCAUUCUGCAGGCAAUAAACCGUCUCGUAGAUUCUCCUUUGCUCUUUGUAAAUGUGUAAAAGAAUUCUAAGUUCGAUCGCUAUAGAUCGAUUAAUAAUAUUCGCCUUUUCAAUCAUAUCGAUUGAAUUCGUCUAUAAUAAUGUACGCGAAAGGGGAGACUAUUAACACUGAUCGAUAGAUAGGAAGUCUUACAGUAAACGUACAGACUACAGAUUAUCAUAAUUUUCUUUCUUCUCGUUCUGUAUCAAAUAGAAAGGUAUAAUCGAACGUUCUUCGUAUCAGUGGUGAAGGAACUAAACUAAAAAUUUCAAAAUGGAAAGUAAACGUGACAAAGACGCGAAUUAGUAUGUAGCGUAAUCGAUGUUUGAUGAAUUUAUCGUAACGUGUUGUUAUAUAGACGUCUUUUCUGAAUUAUCACUUAAUCGUUCUGAAUAUCGUUAAUCGGUGUAAUACACGGCAUAACUAUAUAUAUAUCUAUGUUAUAUAUAAAAUAAAUACAUACAUACUUAUAUAUAUAUAUGUGAAAGUGAUAUCGUACGAGCUAUACCAAAAUAUACGUAUCGAAGAAAGUCUUGUUGCUUUAGAUUUCUCGUUCGGAGAGCUAUCGUUUUUAUCUAUAUUGCGAAUUAAAGUCAAAAUAUAAAAUCAGCACUGACGGAACGGGGGUAAGAAAAUUGAUAAAAUCGUAAUAUCGAUUGUGAAGUUAUUAUUCUAUGACAUAUCACGUGUUAAAUGGGAAAAAUCGCGUUGUUAAUUAAAAUAAUAUAUAAAUAUGUAUGUGACACUUCGGAGAAUCGUGUAAACGUACACGUGAACAUGAUUCUGAGAGGCGAAAAAAAACGCGUUCGUGACGCGUUAAAACGAAAAUGAAAACAAAAAAAAAAACAAAAAAAGAAAAUAAAAAAAAGAAAUAAAUAAAAAUAAAAAUAAGAAAAGGAAAAAGAACUAAACAAAUGAUGAAAGAUCAUAAACGCGCGCUCGCGAAAACCUUUCUGAAAUGCUUAGAGUACCUGUCGCCUUGUCGUACGUCUUUCCAAAUAAUGAUUCCUCGUUUCUACGCUACUGAUGAGAGUCGUCGAGAGUCCGAAUACAUAUCUAUAAUUUUCAAUGACACGUACACACAUACAUAUACAUAUAUUAUAUAUAUAUAUAUACUUAUAAACUAAAUGAAAUAUACUCAAAAGUGUUAACGUUAUUACAUAAGGAAAAGUCAAACAUAUCAAUCGAAUGCCUAAAAGCAUUAAAAAUGUUUUAAAUAUGAAUGUUAUAUCGAAAUUAUAUUUUUAUCUUUGAUCCGUAUGUAUAAUUAAGCUAUACAUAUAUAUAUAUACAUAUACACAUAUAUAUAUAUUUGCAUAGUAUUCAUAUAUUUUCUCGAGGCAUAUAUAUAUAAAUAUAUAUAUAUAUAUAUAUAUAUAUAUAUAUAUACAUAUAAUAUAUACACAUAUAGUCUAUACACGUUUCUUUGUAUGUCAUACGUAUGCAAUACUCGAUCUGCAAUCCCCUACAGAAAAAUCGUCUUUUCAAUAAUUAUAUCUGUCCGAUUAAGAAGCCUAAAUAAUUUACUCUUCCUUCUUAUUAGUUUGCAACGAUAGUACGUUCUUGUUAGUCUAUAACGAUAUUAUUUAUAAUUGUCUUUAUCCUUUUUCUUCUUUCUCCCCGAUGUAAGGAAGCGAUAAUGAAAAAAUGAGCUGCAUAAAAAUACAUAUCAUAGAUGUAAGUUACUUGAUUUUAUGAGGAAAGAUUUGAAAUAUAUUUAGAACAACUCUAUAAGCGAAAAAUUAUUAAAAAAUCGAGUGUUCAUACGUACGAUGUAUCAUAGAAUUUAAGGAAUUUGGCCAUGUCUGGCUCCGAGUCAAAAGUACCUCUAUUGAAUGAAUUAAUUCCAAAGUAAUUAUAUGUGUGUGACUAUCUAAUACACAAAUAAAUGUAUCGUUCAAACAAUACAACAUUAAAAAGCUCUAAUAGUUAAAUGUGAAGUAACGAUGAAUAGUAAAUAAAUUUCAAAACUCCUAUCAGCA